CGGGCGCACGCGCACAGUCAGAACAACACUUGAUACAUAGAGAAGCUGCCGCUGGAAAACAUCUUGCGCUGGAAAAUUCGUUUUGUGAUCGUGAAUCGCGAGAAAACCUGCAUGAAAAUUUCGGGGAUCAUUCUUAGAAUAUUUAGAUAAAAUGUGUUUUCAAUUCACAUUAGGCUCAAGUGCAGAAUGAGUUUUCGGUGGUGUUUAAUUAAAAACAAUUAACAGUACUGUGUGCACUUUUAAUAUUAACAUUCUAAAUCAAACUACUAAUCAACAAAUUAAACUAAACAAAUCAAAGUUAAAUAUGGCUUUAAAUAUAGUAACUAUAAAAUUUAAUAGUAGCCCAAGUUAAAACUUAUAUUUUUGUUAAUAAACAAAGUACACUAGACACUGUAAUGGAUAGAAUUAAAACCACUUCGCAAGGGACUUAACUAAAAUAAAAUGUAUAUAAUAAUGACAAUGUUGACUUUUAAUUUUUAUUUGUUUAACAUUAUUUUUGCCGGCGGUUUGCAACGAAACAUGGUAUCCGAUAGAUUAGAAAAUGUUACACAAACCAUAUCAAGACUGUUAGAGGGCUACGAUAUAAGAUUAAGACCGAAUUUCGGAGGUGAACCAUUAUUUGUUGGUAUGGACUUAACCAUAGCCAGUUUUGAUGCUAUAUCCGAAGUUAACAUGGAUUAUACGAUUACACUAUAUUUAAAUCAAUAUUGGAAGGAUGAAAGACUUGCUUUUAGCUCAGAGGAAGAAAUUUUAACGCUUUCAGGAGAUUUUGCUGAAAAAAUAUGGGUGCCUGAUACUUUUUUCGCUAAUGACAAAAAUAGUUUUUUACACGACGUAACAGAAAGAAACAAACUAGUGCGUCUAAACGGUGAUGGUUCAAUAACUUAUGGCAUGAGAUUUACUACUACACUGGCCUGUAUGAUGGAUCUACAUUAUUAUCCGCUGGAUUCGCAAAAUUGCACGGUCGAGAUAGAAAGUUAUGGUUACACGGUAAUGGACGUGGUGAUGUACUGGAAAGAGACACCGGUAAGGGGCGUCGAAGAAGCCGAGCUUCCGCAGUUUACGAUAAUUGGCUACGAGACCAACGACAGAAAGGAAAAAUUAGCCACAGGAAUUUAUCAAAGAUUAUCCCUUUCGUUUAAACUGCAAAGAAAUAUAGGAUAUUUUGUAUUCCAAACGUAUUUGCCGAGUAUUUUGAUUGUAAUGCUUUCGUGGGUUUCGUUUUGGAUUAAUCAUGAAGCUACUAGCGCAAGAGUGGCUCUUGGUAUCACCACCGUUUUAACCAUGACCACCAUAAGCACAGGGGUUCGAAGUUCACUACCACGCAUCAGCUACGUCAAGGCUAUCGACAUCUACCUGGUAAUGUGUUUCGUAUUCGUGUUCGCCGCCCUUCUCGAAUACGCCGCCGUCAACUACACUUAUUGGGGCGCGCGUGCCAAAAAAAAGAGCAAGAAAGCUAAGGAAACCGAAGAAAAUAAAUCUGGGACCAAAGUAACAACAAACGAUCAACUUUACAAUAACGAAGACAUAAUCGAACUUCAAGACGUCCGCAUGAGCCCGAUCGCGUCGAUAAGAAAUCGACACAACUCAAAAAACAACGCCACAAGUGCAGUGGACCCAUCAAAAUUUCCACCCAGCUUUCGCAUAUCUAGAUCGACAGGGUAUACCUAUAAUUACAGGCCCCAGCCAGGUUUACGCUAUAGGGGAAACAGGGGAAACCCGGUCCACAAACCCAAAGUCCUUCAUGCAAUAAGGAAGGGAGCUUUGGUCCUUAAAGCGUCCAUGCCUAAGAUUAAAGACGUAAAUGUUAUUGAUAAGUAUUCAAGAAUAGUGUUUCCAGUAACAUUUAUGUUAUUUAAUGCAGGGUAUUGGCUGUUUUAUUUUUUCGAAUAGUUUGUUUCGUAAAUAAGAAACGGUUUAAUAAUUUUUAUAUAAAAUUAUUUUGUAAGUAAAAGGACGAUUUAUUAGUAUAACUAUUAAUGGUAAACUUUUUAUCAAAUUCGCUUUUGUAGUUUACAGACCAGAUAAUACAGGGUUAAUGAUAUAAAAAUUAAGGGUGUUUAAAUUUGAGUACACAGUAAUGCGUAUCAGACGAUAUUUUUAAUUAAAAGUAAAAUACAAAGAUGACGUUUAAAAAUGACCUAAAAGGCAACCUCAAAUUUGAACACGCUUUAUUUGCCAAUAAAAUUAUAGAGACCGGAUUCUGGGCAUAUGCCUAUAAUCGAUUUUAUUAGGCCGUUAGUAUAAAGUAUAUUUUUGGUACUUUGAUUUCAAUUUAAUCCAACAUCAUUUUGCUUUUUAAGACCCCUUUAAAGAAGUUCC